AUGACCUUCUUGUCUUCGUUUUUAUCUCUCUGGCGUUUAUUUGUUGAGAAAUACAUGAUGAUGACCAUUAUAGUCACUGUCUUUUUAGUCACUGGAACAGCCAACACCAUUUUAUCAAAAACUUCUUAUCAACUACAAGCCGAAGGAUCAGGUGGAAAUGUUCAUUAUUUUGAAAAACCCCUAUUUUUGAAUUGGGCAAUGUUCCUUGGAAUGACUUUAUGUUUAAUUCCUUAUGUAAUGAAAUAUUAUCUUCUUCCUCUAUUUACAAAGAAAAUGCCAACAAGAGAAGUGAUGAAACUAAAAGGAUAUUUACUCGUUUUAAUUCCUUCUUUCUGUGACUUUGCUGCGACUUACUUAAUGAAUUUUGGACUUCUCUUUGUGUCGUCGAGUGUCUUUCAGAUGAUGCGAGGGAGCAUCUUAGUCUUCACUGCAAUUUUAGCGGUCUUUUACAGAAAACAGAAAAUGCACCUCUAUGAAAUCAUUGGUGUAGUUAUCAUCGUAAUUUCUUUAAUAUUAAUUGGAUCGGCUGCCUUUCUUCCAGGAGCACAAGAGGAUGUCCAACAUGGGAGUACAUCCAGUGAAGACUCUUCUUCUACGUCUUGGUAUUACACUUUAAUAGGAAUUACACUGGUUUUAAUUGCACAAUUUUUGCAGGGCUUCCAAACCAUUUUAGAAGAGCAAUUUCUUCAUGAUAUCAAGGCGCCAGUGGAGUUUAUAGUUGGACUCGAGGGGAUAUAUGGAUUGGUUAUUUGUUCCAUAAUGAUGCCAAUAAUGAGUCUCUCCUUUUGGCCCGACUCAUUAAAAGAAGAUACCAAAGACACUUUUAUUAUGUUGGCAAACUCUGUGCCACUCAUUCUUAUUACAAUUGGUUACGUCUUUUCUAUACUCGUUUUUAAUAUAGUCGGUAUGAUCAUCACCGAUUGGGUCAAUGCGAUGGUCAGGAACGUAUUAGACCCGUUGAGAAUGAUAACGACGUGGAUUUGUUCUGUGUUCUUGUAUUAUGUCGUUGAUGAGGCGAUUGGAGAAAAGGUCGGGUGGUUCACUCUUUUGGAGGUCUUUGGAUUUAUCGUGUUGACUGUUGGUAUUCUUUUGUAUACAAAAGUAAUCAAAUUGCCUUGGUUCAAAUAUGAAGUUAGCGAAGAUGUGGAACCAUUGAAUUCUUCACCAACAUCUGAGGAUAACGACGAGAACCAAAAGGAGGAACAAAAUCAAGCUGAAAAUGAUAUAAGUAUGAGUCCUUCACCAAUUCCUGGGUACGUGGGCAACGAGAAAAGUCCAGAAAAGGUGGGAGAGGAUGUGAGUUUACUUAAACAAUAA